AUGGACCGUCUGUCAGCGUCCGGCGACCCGGGAGCCUUGGAUGCGGUGGCGCGCCGCUAUCGCCUCGAAAAUGGCAACUCGCUGGGGGAAAAGGAUGAGUUAUUCGGACCCCCGAGCGCGCCUGUACUCGAAAAUCCAGAGUUUCAAACGCGAUGGUACUUCAAAUAUUUCCUCGGGAAAAUGCAUCAGAACUACAUCGGAGUUGAUGGAUCUAGAGAGCCGUACCUGCUAAGUGUAGUGCAAGAGGGUGGAGCGGGACUUUUAAGAGCCAUCCUCUUCAAUAAAAUGGGUGCCCAUAAGAUAUAUUUACCACCAAGCGCUUGGAAUAGUGGAGGAGGGCAAGCUCCAACAAGACCAACAGUCAAGCAAAUUUUAGGACAAUUUCCAUCAAUGGAACGGGUUGAUAAGGUCCCAAGAGAGAUAACAUGUGCCGAAUUACAAAAAGAUGUGCUACUACUUGAAGAACAGGAAGGAUCUGUUAAUUUUAAGAUAGGGGUAAUGCUUAUGAAACCUGGCCAAAAGACUGACGAUGAAAUGCUUUCCAACGAGAAAGGCGACGAGAAGUGGGACAGAUUUAUUUCACUUUUGGGAGAUAAAAUUCGAUUACGAGGCUGGAACCGUUUUCGAGGGGGGCUAGACGUCAAAGGUGACAUGACUGGGAGCCAUUCCAUCUACACGAUGCAUCAAGGACACGAAAUUAUGUUUCAUGUCUCCACAAUGUUACCGUUUUCCAAGGAUAAUAAGCAACAGUUGGAGAGGAAACGGCACAUCGGCAACGACAUCGUCAACAUAGUGUUCACAGACGACUCUGUGCACAAUACCUUUAAUCCGCAGUGCGUCAAAAGCCAUUUCACACAUAUAUUCGCAGUCGUUUCAGAAGUGGAGGAAGGAUAUAAACUUAGCGUAUAUAGUGACGAUACAGUGCCACCAUUUGGUCCUUCAUUACCUUGUCCACCAAUAUUCAACGACCCCCAAUUAUUUAGAGAGUUUCUAUUGGUAAAAUUAAUGAACGGAGAGAAAGCGGCCUUCCAAACCCCUACAUUUGCAUUGAAACGACAACGAACCUUGGACACGCUGAUAAGGGACAUCUACGCGGAACACUGCUCGGACCAUAAGGUGCCCAUGCUAUCACGGCGAGCGCUAUCAGACGUGUGGUCGGGCGGCGCAGGCGCAGGUGGUGCGGGCGCAGCACGGACAGAACAUUUCUUGCAUGUGGGACAGGCGCUCAAACUUGAUGCUGUACUGCGAGGCGAUGCUCCCACUAGCCUUGUUUCAUCAGGAUGCGGUGGUUCCCGACGAGCCCCUUGGGAAGGUAAAGUAUGGCGCGCUGCACCACUGCCUGCCACGCCGGUGUGUGCGGAACAACUCGCUGAGGGACGCCUUUUGUUAUCUACGACGUCUAAUACAUACAUUUUAGAAGAAAGCGGAACCACCCGCGUAGUGUUAAGAUGGGAAGGCUGCGUCCGCGCAGCUCGGGUGAGUGAGCGAGCUGGACUGUUCCGUGUUGGUGCUCGAGUAGUUGCUGGCGGAGGAUCCACGACAGGUGGCGCUGGUGGCGCGGGCUUGUACGCGCUUCCCGUACAGGAGCUCUGUGCAGGCGCAUGGGCCAUGCGACCACUACAGGACUGCAAGCACGCUCGGCUUCCAAGGACUAAGACUGCGCAUUAUUUUGAUCUACUGGAAACUGGCGAAGGAGGCAAAACCACAUUAGCGGUAGCGAUCGGUAGGAGGGUAAUGCUUAUGAUUGAAGAAUCAAAGACUGACAACGAGAUGGGUUUUGAAUAUACACAUAUCAAAGACAUCCAACUAAGCGAAUCGCCCAUACUGAUCAAGCUUAUGGAUGGAGAAGUAGGAAUAAUGGUAGUUGGAUACAAGCAUCAUUGGGAAGUUUUAGAAUCCGGGACUGGCCAGGCAGUGAAACGAGCAGAAAACUCUGAAGAUAGUGGACCUCGUCGUGGUACUCUCGUCAACGCUUUACGUAUUGGAGACGAGAGGGACGGACAAAUUGUUUUAUGUUAUAAUCAUACGUGCCAUUUUGAAAGACUAACAAGUAAAGGACUGGAAAGUGAUACGGAAUACGACUUUCAUUGGACAACUGUGCCUGCAGCAGUAGUGUGCGCUUUCCCCUAUAUUAUGGCAUUUGCCGAAGAUUUAUUAGAGAUACGACUAGUUGCUAAUGGAUCCUUAGUACACGCAGCCUGCAUACCUGGACUGAAAUUGUUAUGCGGGCGAAGAGAUAUAUUCUAUGUGGCAUGCGCACCGGAAUACGUGCCUUUAAGUCGCGAGAUAGACCCUUGUCUCAGCUUACACGACGAGCUUGUCAGACAGAUGAGCAAACAAUGUGGACCUUAUUCUCUUGAUGAAGAUGACAAUCACGACAGAGGAGACCCCUACAGCAUGAACCGUACUACUACCGCACCUUCGGAAAAUAACUCUGCGUCAAGCAGGAGCAGUUCUAUUUCUUCAGAACAGGAAAAUAUUAGACCACCGUUGACACGAAUGGCGCCAAUCUCACCACCAACUUCUCCCCAAGUGCUCCCAGAAAACAGCGGAAGGUGUGUUAGAAUCUACAAGAUCCCGCAGAGUAACCUGAGCGCAGGAGCAUACCAAAGACAGUCCGUAUCCGCCGACCAAGUGGUCACCUCAUACUUUUCUGACAGGCCAAAUAGCAUUCGGCAGAGGCUAGCAGAACUGAGACUAGACAGCAAAUCAAGAGGCGGAGGUGACGACGAAACUUUAUAAGUGAUAUGUAGACAACCACUAACUUCGUAGCUUGUUAUCGAAUACGGAACCAGGUGCACAAUUUUAAUGAGUAGCUAGAUAUACAACUGUAGGUACCUAUAGGUAUUGAGUGUUGGAAAGUUACUGACACACGACUAAACUUUCCGAAUCGCACGGAACAUUCUAGAGAACUUAGUUCAAGCGCGUGUCGUGUCAAGCAAACUUAAAUGUCUAGAUUAAUAUUUAAUGAAGAUUGUUUUAAUUCAAGUAGAAACGUUACAUGUAUGUAGAAAUAGUACGAGUAGAUACUUUUGAAUGCAAAGAUGUGAUAUAAUAAAUAUGGGUGAUGUGUAGUGAACAGAAAUAUAUUUCGUAGAGCAUAAUACGAACAAAUAAAUUAUGAAGCUAUUUUACAUUGACAAAUAUUCUAUGAUUGUUGCAAAAUUGGAGAUUUAUUAAAUUAAAAGAAAAAAUAUAUAACAAUAGAUGUAUAUUUAUCUUUUCUGCUAUUGAAAUAAGAAAAUUAAGAAUAAUUUAAAUGUCUAUAUACCUUAAUUGCUCUGCACAAAAUAUAUGCUCAAUAUAAGAAACAUACUGUAAAAACAAAAUUAUAUUAAAAAUAACAGUUACGAUGUAGUCGUUCAAUGUUAAAGUAAUUUAUUGGAUAAGGAAU